AUGGCUAACCUACUCUUACUUUUGAUUUACUGGUUUCCAGAUCAUUACCAUGCACUGGCACGAUGUUUGGAACUGGCAUGGCGAGCUGGUCACGUCGACCAAGCUGACAAGUACUUGAGAAAAGCGCUCGAGAAUAACCCACGAGCUUCUGUCGACGCUGGCUAUAAUUACUGCAAAGGACUCCAUGAAUGGUACUCAGGCGAGCCGAAUGCAGCCUUACAGGCGUUCAAUCGAGCCCGACGAGAUCUGGAAUGGGGUGAACGUGCGCUAUACAACAUGAUUGAAAUCGUGCUAAAUCCGGAUAACGAGAUAAUUGGAGGCGAAGUGCUCGACAAAGCUGAUGACAGAGGUGAUGAAGCCGAUCGAGAAAUGGCUGCGAAAACAGCUGAGCGUUUCUUGAAGGUUAGUUUUUGCAGCUUGUGA